CAUCGUAUAUUAAAAAACCGGAGAUAGUAUUAGCUUAAAGAAAAUCUGAGAAAUAGAUUAAUAUAAUUUUUUUAAAACAACUUUAUUGUACAUAUAUUUUUUAGAAAAUAACACACCGUUUAUCAAUUCGUAAAACUUGCCCAUAAAAAAUGAGAAAGUAAAAAUUGAGAAACGGGAAAAAGGAACACAAUGCAAACGUCAUCGAACACUCUGCCCAAGCGAGCAGCCGAGCAACCGCAACCAUUCGAUCUCCAAGACUCCAAUCCAACGGCCGACCCAGCCGCCCAUCGCGCUCACCGACCACCGCCGCCGCCACGCUCUCCCGCCGUCGUCGGCGCCGCGCCGCCGCCGCUCCUCGAACGCCCUCCCCUCCCCUCCCCUCCCCGGCGCCCGGCUUCCUCCGCCGCCUCCGCUUGCUUGCCCCUCCUCGCCGGCAGCACCACCAACCCGCCGCCCCAUCCACUUUUGGGCGGCCCCAUGCCACGACCCUGCGGCUAGGCAUCGCGUGUCGCCGUCGGCGGGGGGGUCGUUCCAUCCUCGCCUUCUCUCCGAGGCAACGCGUCGAACACCUGCGCCGACCGGCUUCUCCUCAUCUCCAUGAGAAAGCCGUUCCCGAGUCUCCUCCUCCUCCACCGCCUUCGCCGUCGCCGAGACGCCAACCGGCGCUACGCCGCAGCCCCCAGCCUCACCGCCUCCGUCGCAGACAUCCCCGUCCCCGCCGCUGCCUCCACCGGCAUCAUCCGCGAUACGCUCGACAGCGUGGACGCCCGCGAGCUCGCCGCCACCCCGCGCCUCUACCACUCUCUCAUCACCGCCUGCGCGCGGUACAGGAGCCUGGACGACGCCAGGGCGAUCCACGCACACCUGGCCGGCUCCCAGUUCGCCGGCAGCGUCUUCCUGGACAACUCGCUCAUCCACCUGUACUGCAAGUGCGGUGCCGUGGCCGACGCGCGACGUGUGUUCGACGGAAUGCCGGCGCGCGACAUGUGCUCUUGGACCUCGCUCAUUGCCGGGUAUGCGCAGAACGACAUGCCGGAUGAGGCCCUUGGGCUGCUCCCUGGGAUGCUGAGAGGGAGAUUCAAGCCAAACGGGUUCACGUUUGCGAGUCUCCUCAAGGCGGCUGGUGCUAGUGCGAGCAGUGGCAUCGGGGAACAGAUCCACGCGCUCACGGUGAAGUAUGACUGGCAUGAUGAUGUCUAUGUAGGGAGUGCACUCCUUGACAUGUAUGCGAGGUGUGGAAGAAUGGACAUGGCCAUUGCGGUUUUUGACCAGCUUGAAUCGAAGAAUGGGGUUUCUUGGAACGCAUUGAUUGCUGGGUUUGCAAGAAAGGGUGAUGGAGAGACCACACUGUUAAUGUUUGCAGAGAUGCAGAGGAAUGGGUUUGAGGCAACACAUUUUACGUACUCAAGUGUGUUCAGUGCCAUUGCUGGCAUAGGUGCUCUUGAGCAGGGGAAGUGGGUGCAUGCACACAUGAUUAAAUCUGGGGAGAGACUGAGUGCAUUUGUCGGAAACACAAUACUUGACAUGUAUGCAAAGUCAGGGAGCAUGAUCGACGCGAGAAAGGUGUUUGACCGUGUGGACAAGAAGGAUGUAGUUACUUGGAACUCAAUGCUGACUGCAUUUGCACAGUAUGGACUUGGCAGGGAAGCAGUCACCCAUUUUGAGGAGAUGAGGAAAUGCGGUGUUCACCUGAAUCAGAUCACCUUCCUUUCCAUUUUGACUGCUUGUAGCCAUGGGGGACUGGUGAAAGAAGGCAAGCAAUACUUUGACAUGAUGAAGGAGUACAACCUGGAACCAGAGAUUGAUCACUACGUUACGGUUGUUGAUCUCCUUGGUCGAGCUGGUUUACUGAAUGAUGCUCUUGUAUUUAUAUUUAAAAUGCCCAUGAAGCCAACUGCUGCUGUUUGGGGAGCCUUGCUUGGAUCUUGCAGAAUGCAUAAGAAUGCCAAAAUUGGGCAAUUUGCAGCCGAUCAUGUAUUUGAACUUGACCCAGAUGAUACUGGUCCACCUGUGUUGCUUUACAACAUUUAUGCUUCCACAGGCCAAUGGGAUGCUGCAGCUAGAGUGAGGAAGAUGAUGAAGGCAACUGGUGUGAAGAAGGAACCUGCAUGCAGUUGGGUGGAGAUAGAGAACUCAGUGCACAUGUUUGUCGCAAAUGAUGACACCCAUCCAAGAUCAGAGGAGAUAUAUAAGAAGUGGGAGGAGAUAAGCAUACAGAUUAGGAAAGCAGGGUAUGUUCCUAACACGGAUUAUGUGCUUCUGCAUGUAGAUGAACAAGAGAGGCAGGCAAAGUUACAGUAUCACAGCGAGAAGAUCGCGCUCGCAUUUGCACUGAUCAACAUGCCUUUAGGGGCGACCAUUCGGAUCAUGAAGAAUAUUAGGAUAUGCGGGGAUUGCCAUUCUGCAUUCAGAUACAUCUCCAAAGUUUUCAAGCGGGAGAUUGUUGUCAGGGAUACAAACAGAUUCCAUCAUUUCAGCAGUGGCUCCUGUUCAUGUGGAGAUUACUGGUGAUUUUGCUAAUCUCAAGUGUUUGUGACUUCACAAAUGGGCCAUUGUGCUUGUCGAUCAUCAUUAAUGAAGUUAUAGCCAACAAAACUGUUUAUGCAUUAUAAACAAUUUUGAGGCAUGCCUCCACUCGGGUUGAUUUUCUUGACCGAGGAAAACAUCAUUCUUCAGUUUAUUAAGAUCAUUCAUGAGAGACCAUAAAGGAUGCUCUUGAAUUGACUCACUGUUGCGGCUUAUGGGCUUCUACGAGGAAAGUAGAGAUGCACUUGGUGAUGCAGCUUCUAGUUGGCUACAAAUUUAUUUCAGGUUAUAUUGACCUUACCCGGAGCUCACCAAGAGAAUCAAUCGAGCAAUGCCUGAAUUACUUUGAACCGUUUUAUUCCUUGCAGUACUCCACAGAAGUUAUCCCCUUAUUUUACUUGUGAUCAUCAUAAGCAUCUGGGAAGUGAGGCACAAUCGCUAUUCAGCUACAGGAGGUUAUCGUGGAACGAGAGGAUGCUACUCUGUGGACCGCUGACAACCUUGCGCCAUCCAUAUACGGUAAUUUUCCAGACAAAAUUCAGGAAAAAUGUUUGUUUGGUUACAAAUUCGUAAUUUGGAUAUGUUUUAUGAUGGCUCAUGUGACUUAAAAUGUUACUCUCUCUGUUUCAGGUUAUAAAACGUUUUGACUUCGGUCAAAGUUAAACUGCUUUAAGUUUGACCAAGUUUGUAGAAAAAAAUAAUAGUAUUUUCAACCCAAGACAAAUUUAUUAUGAGAAUAUAUUCAAUUAUUGAUUUGAUAAAACUAAUUUAGUAUUAUAAAUAUUACUAUUUUUGUCUAUAAACUUAGUUAAACUUAAAAAAAACAGUUUGACUUUGACCAAAGUCAAAACGUCUUAUAACCAUUACGACAGCAAUAACUAGUGUCUUAAUUGAAAGAAACGAAGAAACAAUCGUCUACUUAUUGAUGUUUGUUUCAUU